CUUAUUGUCCUUAUUGUCCUCAUUGUCCUUAUUGUCCUUCUUGUCUUUCUCGUUCUUCUCGCCCUCCCCGUCUCUCUCGUCCUUCUCGUUCUCGUUAUUCUCGUUGUUCUCGUUGUCCUUGUUGUUUUUCUUGUUCUCCUUGUUCUUUUUGUUCUUCUUGUUCUCCUCCUUCUCUUUCUCCUUAUUCUUCUUGUCCUUCUUAUCCUCAGCCAGCGGCGCGUCGGUCUCGGCAUUUUUGUCGAAAUCCUCCACAAACUUCUCGUCGCGGACGCCCUUGUCCUCUUUGUGGUCCUUAUGUUUCUUGUCCUUCUUCUUGUUCUUGUUCUUCUUCUGCUUCGGCAUGCGAUCAUCUGGUCCUUCUACCCCAGCCUCGGCCGCCUGGCGCUUCCAAAGGCCCGAUGCUCGAACCCCUCUUCUCUGAUCACGCUUUUGAUGCUCCUGCUGCUGGUCCUGCUGCAAGCCGUUGGUCUGGGCCGAGAUACUCCUCUGAAUCGUAUGGUUCUCAUCCAGGUGCAUCAUACCCUUCCAAAUUUCGGCGAGGUACUCGUUCAUAUGGAGCUUCUUCUUUUCGUCCUCGUUCUCCAUCUCGUCGUCGUCGUCGUCGUCGUCACUAUCGUCAUUGUUGUUAUUCUGGUCCUUGACCUUGGAAUUCUCCGCGUUCUUGUCACCAUCGUGCUGAUCCUUCUCUUUGUCUUCGACUUGACUAUGAUCCUUUAACUCUUCCACCUUUUUGUCUCGGCCUUUUUUAUCUCCGUCCCUUUUACCGUUCCCCUUGUGAGAUUUGGAUGCCCCUGCUACUGAUGCUGCUGCUGCUACUGCUACCGAUGAUGCAUUUUUAGGAUCGUUCUUCUUGUCUCCAGCAACGGCCGAAGGUACGAGACGCUGAUUCUUGUCUUGCUUUGGUGGUGCCUGGUGUACGGUAAUGGAUGCGCUUUGCUUCAGAUCUGUCUUGACAUCCGCGACUCCCUGUGUGACCUUGUUGUUCUCCGCAGAAGCGAUCAAGACGGUCUGGAGAAGGACCGUAGCUGUGCCUAGAAGAAGGAUCAGCCUUGGUCGACGACGCGUCGUUGAUGAGACCAUGAUAAAAAAAAUAAAAAAUAAAGAGUUGGGAUGUGGCCAGGAGUGUAGAAUUUGAAAGUCGAGGGGAGAGGGGAGGAGAG